GGGCAGCGGCGCGCGUUCCCCGCCGGCCACACGGGCCGCCUUGCCCCCGGCGAGGGGCGUGUGCACCGGCCCGGGAUCCUUGGGCCCCAUGUUCACGGAGCUAAGGACCAAGCUGAGCCCCCCGCGAGGCCGCGCCGGGGCUGUGCGUGCCGGCUUCGGGGAGCGCCGGGAUGUGGACGCCGCUGCACACUUCAGCUUCUGCCGAACCCUCCUGGAGCACACGGUGUCUGCUGAGAGCAUCCCCUGCCACCUGCCUCGGACACCAGGCACCAGCCUCACAUGGCACGACUCCCGUAGCCAGAGGGCCGCUGGUGGCCGGCCUGUCAAGCUCCUGCAGCAGCCUGGCACAGAGGCCCCCCAGGGCCGGCUGUACUCUGACCACUGUGGCCUGUACCACACAAGCCCCUCCCUGGGCGGCCUGACGAGGCCUGUGGUCCUGUGGAGUCAGCAGGAUGUGUGCAAGUGGCUCAAGAAGCACUGUCCCCACAACUACCUCGUCUAUGUGGAGGCCUUCUCCCAGCAUGCCAUCACAGGCCGGGCGCUGCUGCGGCUAAAUGGGGAGAAACUACAGCGGAUGGGGCUGGCACAGGAAGCACAGCGGCAAGAGGUGCUACAGCAGGUGCUGCGCCUGCAGGUGCGCGAGGAGGGGCGGAGCCUACAGCUGCUCAGCCAAGCCUCUUUCGGAAACACGUCCUAGCUGCUGCCUGGGGCUUGAAGCCCGGACCCCAGCACUGUGACCAAAGCCUGUGGCAAGGACGAUGCAGACCUGGCACACAGCCCCUCUCGGACCCCGCCAGAGGCGCCAGGGGCUGAGCCCAGCCCAGGUGGGACCAGGAUUGCCAUCUCUGGUUGUGCAUUCUGGGCUGUGAGCAGGUGGGGGCUGCUUGGGUGUGGCCCUUCCUCCCAGGACCUGAGCCCAAAUCCACCCUCUGGUGCUGCUGGCAGCGUGCGGGGCAGCUACCUGGAGUCAGAGCAGGGUCUGGUUAUCCCCCUAGACUCCCAGGGAGUCUCUUUGUUAUUUAUAUUCCCUUCACCCACGCUGAUGUCAGCACCCCUAUUGCCUGCUGAAUCACGCUCCCUCUGGGCAUCCUGCCCUCCCCGGGGCAAGAGGUUUGUGUCUGCCCAUUUGUCCGGUUCUACACCUUCACCCAGCACCUAGAGGAUUGCCGGCAAGGGUGGGAUAAACUGUGCAGGCUCCCUUUGGCCAGGGCCACCCCCCGCCCAUGGUCAGCAGCACCGCCAGGAGCUCUCCCUCAUGAUUUCUGAGACCCUCACCACACCCCCAUCUAUUCCCAGAACCUGAAGCAAGAGAGGUCUGGGGAUUGCUCAGGUGCCUAAGACCUAACACAGCACCAUGAGGACCCCAUAGCCAGGAUUAGCCUCAGCCAUGUUGUGGCCUUGGGUUUGGGAGUCCAGCUCCUGCUCCCCCAACAUUUGUUGGGGGGCUGCCCUGAGGCACAGUUGGGGGCAUGUGUGUUCUCACUGCUCCUUUCCCAGGAAAAUCCGAAUUCAUAGAAGACACUGUCCUGAGGGCUACUUCCCCCACACCCACCCACCAGGGACCCAGCCAGCCCCUGAGCAGCCACUCGGCAGGUCAAGGGGCCCAAGGCUGGGACUGGUGCUGCCCAGCAGAGGGACGGUGAGGGUGGUCCUGGUAGCCCUGGCCCUCUUGUCCCUAACCCUUCCCAUCCCCCUAGGGAACUCUGAAAAUCUCAGGGACAGAUGAGGCUGAGCCUCCAGCCUCUUCUCUGUGCCCUGAGCUGGCCUGCAGGUGGGAGGUUGGUUGCUGCAGGUCCCCAGUGGAAUUUGGACAACUGGCCUGGUGCUCCCCAUCCUGUAGGCCGAUACAGGAAGCCCCCAUGUCCUGUCUGGCCACCCUGAUUGUCCCAGCCCACCUUGUGCCAUCACGGCGUUGUCUUUUCCGGAGGGUCCUUCCUAUCACUGCCCCCACCUUCUCCCAUUUUUGUCUUGCCCCCAUGCCCCCAUGCCCCCAUGCCCCCAUGCUCUUGUCUUGUCUUCUUUGUUUUGCGCUUUUUUAUAUUCUGACAAAAAGACCAGAAAUAAAGCUGGUUCUCAAGUGC